CUCGUAUCAUCACAGCCCUGGAGGGCACUGGGGCUCCUCUUUAUCUUCUAAAACACCGAUGCCUCCACCAUUACCACCGCCUCCACCAUUUUGCCAAGGCUGGUCACCGUCCAACUCAAGGAUUGAGCCUGAGAAGCCGAAACUCUGGGCUUUGGUAAUCAAGGUUGUCCUGUUGUGUCAUUCAGGGAGUGGUUUGAAGGUGCGAGCCAAGGAUAGGCACGGGGAUACGAGUGAAUUGGGAGAAAUGAUGAGAACAAAAUGGGGAUAUUGUGAAGGAAGAGAUCGGAACUGCAAUCUUUAUUCGUAAUUCUCUGUUCUUGUUUUAGCUUGUGGGUUGAAUUGGGCCGGCUUCCCAGUUUAGCCCUUUUUGCGUGGAGUACAAGAGAAGCCCAUUGGUGUCUACACCCAUUAGUCUUAGCAUUACCCACUGAGGAACUCAAAAAAAAAAGAAAAAAAAAUUUAAUAAAUUAUCAUGUGUUUU